AUGCCAUGUUCAUACUGUGAAGCACACUCUCACCUUAUAACCUGUGCAGACUGUCACCAAAGCUUCUGCAACACGUUCAAGGGCACCACAAUAUCACACAUCAUCUUUCAUCUCAAGAAGAACGGUCACAAGCGCAUAUUAAUUGAUCGAUUGAUUGUGUGUGAGUUGUGUGGGCAGAGCGAUGUCUUUAUGUUGAGGGGAGUUGAUGGAAUGAUUGUUUGCGGGUGUUGUGGGGACGGUGAGCCUGUUGUUGAUGGGAAGGCUUUGGUGCCGUGGGUAUGUAGCGGUAGGGAUGAGGGAGCGAGGAGCAAAAAUGAUAGCGGAGCGAGUGCAAAGAAUGGCGAGGAAAUGAAGGAAAAGACCACCGCUGUUGAGGACGGCAACGACGAAAAAACGCAGAAAAAGGCCCGCAGCAGCAUCACCAGGGACGGCCACAGCGAUGACACCGAGAACAAGGAGUGCGCGUUACCGCGCGUGCAGCUGAAGUACACCAACCAAGAGUAUAUUUCAAUAUUUACAUCGCUGAUCACAGCAGAGUGCGAGCAGGAGAAGCACAACAAAGAGCGGCUCACACGCGAAAAAAUAUUUGUCCGGUUCGAGCACAAGAACGACCGCAUAUUUGCGCACUUCUCGUUCUGCCGCGACGAAAUGUGUGCACGUAUAAACAUCGGUGAUGAGGUGAAGAUAUUUGUGCACACGAGCACGCUCAAAGGGUUCAUCUGCAACGACACGAUUUACACUGAGGAGAACAUCGCAGAGAUCGUGAACACCGAUGUGAAGUAUCCGGACGGGGAGUACCGGAUGGAGUUCCCGUGGCGCAACGUGGGGUACCAACGUAUGAAACGUGCACUUACGAGUUUGAAGAAGAAGUGCGCGCACAGAAUAACGCAGCUGAUCUGGAAGGGAAAGGUCAAGAAGAGGAAGAGCGCGCACAUGCAUGAGAUAGUUGUGCCUGACCGCAUGCCACCGCUGAAUGAGUGCCAGAAGAUCGCGAUCGAUGCUGCGCUCAACAACCACCUCACGCUCGUGCAGGGACCGCCAGGAACCGGCAAAACGAUCACUACGGCAGCGAUUGUGUACAACCUGCUCAAGCACAAGAAGGGCAAGAUAUUGGUCGUGGCGCCGUCAAACAUAGCGGUAGACAACCUGACAAGGAGAAUAUUGAAAUGUGGCAUUGAUGUGCUUAGGAUAGUGAGCAGGAACAGGGAGGGAUUGGUGAGCGAUCUUGAUGAUAUUACGCUGCAUAAGAAGGUGAACAGGGAGAUUGAACGUAUUGCUGAUGCGAAGGGAAGGGGGGAUUGUGUGGAGGGUGGGGAGUAUGACGUGGAGUACGACAGGAAUAGGGGAAGUGACAGGGAGUACGACAGGGACAAAAAGCGUGACGGGGAGUACGACAGGGACAAAAAGCGUGACAGGGAGUACGACAGGGACAAAAAGCGUGACGGGGACAAAAACGAAGAAACUCUCAGUAACUCGCCCAAUCACGGCCACAGCGCAAAACAAACGAUCGAUUCAGAAAAACUGUCUAAGCUUAUGCAACGCAUGAACGUGAAGAACAAAAAAACAACGGGCAAGGACCGUCUCAGGGACUACCUCAGGUACUCAUUCGUAAAGGAUGCCCGUGUCAUAACGUGUACGUGUGUGACAGCGGGCCAGGAGCUGUUCAAACGCUUCAAAUUUCCUUACGUUCUCAUUGACGAGGCUGUGCAGGCAACAGAGCCGCUAACACUCGUGCCACUGAUCUACUCGUGCAGAAAGCUCAUACUGGUCGGUGAUCACAAGCAGCUAGGACCAACGAUUUUGAACAAGAAGGCUGCCAAUGCCGGUCUGCGCGUGAGCCUGUUCGAGCGGCUGAUACGGCUGGGCGUGGUGCCGUACCUGCUCACCGUGCAGUACCGGAUGCAUCCGGUGCUGUGUGAGUGGGUGAGCAACACGUUCUACGAUGGUGCGCUCGUGAGCGCACACUACACGCACGGUGCGCAUGCGCGGUACGGAACGGGCAUCACCGCAUGGUUCAACCUGCCCAUGCCCACGUUCUUCUACGUGAGCCGUGGUCGUGAGGAGCUGUUCAUAUCGGGCACGUCGUACCUGAACAAGGCAGAGGCACAGCAGUGCCUUGCGAUCAUACGGCACCUCAAGAUGAACGGUGUCCGUGAGACGGAGGUGGGCAUAAUCACGCCGUACGAGGGGCAGCGCGUGCUGCUGUCACGGCUCACCGCAUGUGAGGUGGCCAAUGUUGAUGCGUUCCAGGGCCGUGAGAAGGCGUUCAUCAUCAUAUCGCUGGUGCGUAGCAACAGCAUAAAUGAUAUCGGGUUUGUGAGCGAUAGACGGCGCAUGUGUGUUGCGCUGACGCGUGCGAAGCACGGUCUGUUUAUUGUGGGCAAUCCCGGCACGUUCUGCAAGAACAAAAUGUGGAAGGAGCUGAUCGCGUACUACCAGGGAAAGGGCGUGCUUGUUGAGGGGGAGGUAGAGGAACUGAGGCGGUGCGAGGUCCUUGGUGUAACGCAUUUUGAUUUUGGUAACUUUGUGCGUGAGGUUUACCACGAGUAG